ACUAAUGUCAUUGUUAAACCUAGCUAAGAAUUUCAUCGGUAUGGGCAAUAUUGGAGGUAGAGUGAGGUCAAGAUUUAUUCAAGAGGCCCAUGCAAGUGAUAAGGUGAAGGACAAGGCCAAGGAAAUGGCAGCGAAGGCGAAAAACUCAUGCGACUCGGCCAAAGAGAAAGCUCAAAAGCCUAAAGACAGUGUGGCGGAUGAUUCAAAGGAAGCUAUCAUUAAAGAAAAUGCAGAGAAGAUCAAGCAGAGCAUGAAUAAAAAGGACUGGUGAUGAUUAAAUAAAUUAGCCAUAAGG